UCCCACGGUCCGACUAUAACCUCCUCCUCCUCCUUCCUCUCUCUCUCUCUCUCUCUCUCUCUCUCUCUCACACACACGCACGCACGCACACGCACAUUUGAUCUCUCGAUCGUUUCGUGAUCCCGGCAAUGGCGAGUGCCGAUCCCGAGCGCCGGGACGAGGUGGAGGCUGGCGAGGUCGCCGGCGGCGAGGAGGAGGACACCGGAGCCCAGAUCGCCCCCAUCAUUCGCCUCGAGGAGGUUGCCGUAACCACCGGCGAGGAGGAGGAGGACGUCCUUCUCGACCUAAAGGCGAAGCUCUACCGGUUCGACAAGGAGGGAAAACAGUGGAAGGAGAGGGGGACUGGGAACGUGAAGCUCCUCAAGCACAAGGAGUCCGGCAAGGUCCGGCUGGUCAUGCGGCAAGCCAAGACCCUCAAGAUCUGCGCCAACCAUCUAGUUCUUCCGUCGAUCAAGAUGCAGGAACACGUGGGGAAUGAUAAGUCGUGUGUUUGGCAUGCGGUGGAUUUUUCUGAAGGGGAAUUGAAAGAGGAGAUGUUCUGCAUUCGGUUGGGCUCUGUUGAGAUUUCCCUUUGUCUUUGUUCCAAGACUGCAAGAAGUUCAAGGAGAAGGUUGAAGGUGUUGCCGAAUCUCUUGGAAAGAAUGAAGAGAGAGAGAGCAAGGAUGUCUCAGCUACUGCUGGACUCGUGGAGAAAUUGAGUGUUGGUGAAAGCACAAGCGAGGUCACAAACAGUGCAUCUGCUCCUGCUGAGACAGCAGAACCUGCUUCUACUGCAGAUGUGAAGAAAGAUGAAACAGAAGCUUAAGGAACGUACAGAUUCACAAGCCUCAUGGAAAUGUCUCCCAUAGUUAAUAUGAAAUCUGCAUUUCCCACUUUCUUCGUAUGAGGUCAGUGAUGUUGUUCAAAAAAUUUCUUGGAUAUAGUUGUGAUGGGAAAUGGUAAAGAUUUGUCAAGGAGAGUGACUCAUUUGUUGGGGUGAAAUUGUUUUGAUAAGCAUAUAUUGUUGUUUCCCAGUCUUUCAGUGCGGGCAGCAGUAUUUAUAUGAUGGACAUAUCCAGGUUUAAUGAUUGGAUUGGUUUUGUUUAAUACUGUCGUCAUGACAGUCUGUCUAGUUAUAAUGCAUCUUGAGUUGCUUGGCAUUA